CAUCGGUGCUCUGCUGGCUCGCCUUCGACCCAAGGCGGAGGACGAGGUGGAGUUGACGCCGCACCUAGAACAGCAGGACAACGGGGCCGAUACCAUGGCCAUCUGUGAUAACAAGGUUGUGACCUCGAGCGUUGGCUGGCGGCACUGGGGCAUGCGAGGCGAUCCUGGCUCCCUCCCGUCCCUCACCGAGCCCGAAUCCCCCCCAACGACCUCGCUUGACCUAGAGUGGGAGCCAGAAGCUGGUCUCGGCGUCGGGAGCCGCGAGUCCCUGGGCGACGACCGCGAGGAGGAGGCCUCUCACACGGCGGAGUCGGGAUCGUGGGUGCCCCGGUCCUCGUGCUCGACGCCAAACAGCCUCGAGUGGGACUUCCGCGCCUCCACGCUCAGCCUCCGCGGCGGCAACGAGGACGAGGCGUGGCUGCACACUGACAUGGAGACGGAGCAACUCCUGCACGAGAUAGAGCAGCUCGCGGCGCGCGCCCUCGCCGACACGGGGCACGGACUGCAAUCCGCUCCCAGAUAGGAACAGCACAGUGUGGUUAGCACACGAAGGAGCUCUGUACGGCCGGCCUGGUGCUCGAGGAUCGCACGGUGUUCCAGCUAAAGCGGAACGCACUCGGAGGAAGAGGGUGUCCCGUGGCCGUUUAACGGUACCUGAACAGUGGCGAAAAAAAUUAUUUCUUCUCUUACUGUGUCGACUUCUAAGAUGGAGAAAAACUCUAAUUAGACAUUAUAGUUUCUAUAGUUCUUUACUUCAGGGCUAAGCAAUACUAUCUCAGCAUCAUAUCAACAUAUACAAGCACAAAUAUUUGUUUCUACUAAACCACGGGUCUUUCCAACCUAUUUGCAUCUAAAACCUUGUUCCUAAGACCUUUGCCCUAGGAGAAAGCCCACGCUGUUCGGUCACCAUGUCUUUUCCUCCACCAGCCUAUGGAAAUCUGUGAUUGUACACAGAACAGUGCGAAAUUCGAAAUCCCCUUACCAGGGGGAAAUAUUGCUUUAAGAUAUUCAUCCGGCAAGUGAACCCAUUUAAAAAUGGAGACCAGAGAGAACCGAGACCUCCAAGGAAAGCCCUUCUCCAAAACUUGCCUUCACCUCCCAGAAACCCCACCGGUUCUCACCCGUACAUCAAGAGUAUCCUCCGCAUUUUCCAGGCCGCGACGAAUUCACCCGUGCAAGACGCUCUUAUAUGCAAUUUGCUCUUAAACUCAAAUUUUUGUUGUUUAUACGGCAAUGACCCCGAACGGAGAGAAAAAACACAUAAUCGAGAUGAAAAGACGAUGGAGAAUUGUAUACGAUAUGUUGAGUAACUUUAUAUCAAGUUUGGUCUUUAAGGUUGCAGCAAAAGAGA